UGACGUCUUUGUGAAGCGACGGAGGAGUUGUGUGUGUGUGCCGCACGCCCAGCACGCCCUGAAGGCACAGACAGAUCUUCAUCCAGUGGUGAAUUAUGCACGGACGGGUGAAGAUAAAGUCGACCGCGCAGCAGGAGGAGGAGAAGAGGAAGGAGAGAGAGAAGAAGUUGAAAGCGUUUGUGUCUGCUCGCGAUGCCGUCUUGAAAAAGAGGAGUGCUGGGGAACAUGACGAGGAGGCUCUGCAGUUGACUCGGCAGCUCCUGUCCUCAAACCCGGACUUUGCCACGCUGUGGAACUACAGGAGAGAAGUGCUCUUACACCUGGAGACCUUACGAGAGAAGGACGAGGUGCAGAAGCUGUAUGAGUCUGAGCUGCACUUCAUCGAGGCCUGUCUGAAAGUGAACCCCAAAUCUUACGGCUGCUGGCACCACCGCAGCUGGGUAAACACGCGCCUGCCGCAGCCUGACUGGACACGAGAGCUCGGCCUCUGCGACCGCUGCCUCAGCCUGGACGAGCGCAACUUCCACUGUUGGGAUUACCGGCGCGUGGUGGUAAAGGAGUCUGGUGUUUCUGUCGAGCAGGAGCUGCAGUUCACAGAUCGUCUGAUCGGCUCCAAUUUCUCCAACUACUCCAGCUGGCAUUACAGGAGCACGCUGCUACCUCAGCUCCACCCACAGCCUGCCCCUGACCCCGCCCCCAACACAAGCCCCUCCCCCACCGCAUCACCUCAAAUUCACUCACACAGAGUCUGUGAGGAGCAGCUUCUUAAAGAAUAUGAGCUGGCGCAUAAUGCCUUCUUCACCGACCCCAACGACCAGAGCGCCUGGUUCUACUACCGCUGGCUGCUGGGCAGAGCGGAGCGAGAGGAGAUGAUCAGUUGUGUGUAUGUCAGCCGGGAGAAACGGAGGGUGUCUGUCGCCUUCUCCAAACCUGUUCAUGCUCAGUCAGAGGGUCUGAUGUUGGUGUUGGAUGGGCAGCCUCAGCAGGUGCAGUGGAGAAGCGCCCACCCGCGUUUCCGUCACAGUCCUGUCUGGCUGUGUGAUCUUCCUCCCGGCUCCGUCAGUGACAUAAGUAAUGAACACAACCUGACCGUCCACUGGACAGAGAAACACACACACAGAGACUGUGCUCUCUACACAGGCUCAGCUGAAAGCUGGUGCAGAGACUCUGCCACCGAUCAGGAGCUCUUCAGGAGUGAGUUGUCAGUUGAGAAAAGUUCGGUGUUACAGGCAGAGCUUCAGUCCUGCAAUCAGCUGCUGGAGCUCGAACCGCAGAACAAAUGGUGUCUGCUGACAAUCAUACUCCUCAUGAGAGCUCUGGAUCCUCUAGGCCAUGAGAAAGAGACACUGGCACAUUUUCAAACCCUUAAAGAAGUGGACCCGAUGCGCUCUACCUACUACAGUGACCUGUGCAGCAAGUUUCUGAUUGAAAACACCAUUCUGAAAAUGGAGUAUGCAGAGGUGCGAGUAUUUAGCCUGUCAAAUAAGAACCUGACGACCCUGUGUCACCUUGAUCAGCUUCUCUUGGUGACUCACAUCAACCUCUCCUCCAAUCAGCUGCUGCGGCUGCCACCUCAGUUUGCCAUGCUGCAAUGCCUUGAGGUGCUGGAGGCCGAUGAUAAUGCUAUUGAAAGUCUGGAAGGACUGUAUCAUCUGCCUAAACUAGAGGAAGUUUCUCUGAGGAACAACCAAAUCUGUAAGCUGUCUGAUCUUGAAUCAUUGGCAUCCUGCACCAAACUGACCAGACUGGACCUGCGUGGAAACCCUGUCCACAAAACUGCCAACAUAGAGUCUGAGCUGAACCAGCUCCUGCCACUGGUUACUGCUCUGUCCCUUUGAUCUGCAGCAUUAGCUGCUGUGUGUGUGUGUGUGUGUGUGUAUGUAAAAUGCAGUAGAGACUAAUUAGAGCUCACUAACCAUUUCUAAACUGUACCUCAUGUACUGGACCUAAAGGGAUAGUUCAGCCAAAAAUAAAACGUCAGUCAUUUAUCUGUAUUUUGGUAGGCUGAAUGAUAUUUUGAUGAAUGUUCAUGCUGCUCGUUUCCAUGCAAUAACAGUCCUAAUGUAAUGCAAACGAAAUCAGAGGGGAAUAUUUUCAGUGCUGUUAUUAGAUGCGCUUAAAUGGCAAAAAAAAAAAAAAAAACAGGUUUGGAAAGACUUUUUUUGAAAAUUUUAUUUUUGGCUCAACUGUGCCUUUAAAAACAUUCAGCAUCUUGUCUGUAUGUUUAUGUGUUUGUGUGAUAAAUGACGGUUCACAUUUCAAAUAAAGAUUGACCUAUACAAACUCCACACUGCAUGCUGAUAGAGAGAGAAAUGUUUUGCCACAUCUGCUUCUAGCUCUUGAAGUCCUGAGGGUCCUGUUUUGGGCAGAGAUGUUGUUCUUCCAAUGUAUCAGUGAAGAUGCAAAUAUUCGGCUAUGAAUUUCUUGUACUGUAUGAAUUAGACUUUUUUUUUUUUUUAGCUCUGCAAAAGUCAAGCAUUUGUGGUGUGAAAGCUGCAGGUAUGAGUCUCCAUGUCAAUAAAGAAACAUGUUUCUUC